AUGGACUCCUACACCGCUGAACCGCCCUUAUUCUCCGUGUCCUCAUCCGAAGAACCCACCCUCUCCCCGCUAGAUCCCUCAUCCGACGACGAAGUGGAACAUAGCUAUCUGCCACCUCGGCCUUCGUCCGUCUGCGACAAAUGCUGGGAGUCCAUCGCCAUACACUUUGGACUCUCAAUAAUGUCACUAAAGAUCGCCGAGGACGAACGGGACGUGACCAAGACGAUCUGGUAUGAUACUUCCUUCGCCGACUUGAAAUUUGGUGCCGACGGAGGCUGUGCAUGGUGUCAGCUGUUCCUCAAACUCGAUGAACGCCCCGGCGAAAGGAGCGUCCGCACGUUCUGGGAUAGUAGAGAUCUGAGAACCCACUUUUACAAGUUGGUAGUGUUCGCCACCGAGCAUUCUGAAGGUACCGAGUAUUUUGUGUACACAAAUCCAGAGGACCCCGCAGCAUCCUACAUCACAGAACUGAGCCCCCUCCGAGAUGUAGGCUCUCCUCGUGCCCUGGAAUUGGCUAGAAAGCACCUCGACGAUUGUGUCCGAGAACACGAAGACUGCCUCAAAAGCUCGGCAGGUAUCCCUCGCCUCCCCUCGCGACUCAUGGACUGCAGCAGCCCUCCUCGACCACGUCUAGUUUCGACAAUCGGACAACGGGGAGAAUACCUUGCGCUUAGCUAUGUGUGGGGCGGGGACCAGGUCCACAAGACCACGAACGCGAACAUAUCCGCGUACACACAAGGUAUUUCUCUGGAUAAUCUUCCCGCCACCAUCCGCGACGCGAUCUACGUCACACAUAUGCUGGGUUUCCGGUGGCUCUGGGUGGACAGCCUAUGUAUUAUCCAGGACUCGGACGAGGACAAGCUGCACGAGAUAGGCCGUAUGCACCACAUCUACCGCUAUGCGCACCUGACGAUCAUGGCAGGAAGUGCGAAGAACGUCAACGAGGGCUUUCUUCAGGAGCGGCGAGAUAUCGAACCCGACGAACUUGCCAUGGAGUUCCCCUUCAUCUGCCCUCCACCCCCUACGACCUCAAUAGAGCUCUUAGAGGACGACUCGGCGGCGCGAUCGCGGGUUGGGACUAUCUUCCUUACGCCAGCGGAUGACGACCUGCUUUAUCCCAACACCUUGUAUUCUGACUCCCUCGGAGUCAUGGUGACUCGCGCCUGGUGCAUGCAAGAAUACUUCCUGUCCCCACGCGCCCUCAUCUUCACCCCUGAAACGCUCGUGUUCAGGUGCCUUUCCUCCAUGGAGGGCGUUGGCCCGUCACUCUUUACUUCGUACGACGAACCUGAUUUACCCAUCUCGCUCUUCGUCCCGCCACCACCUGGGGCAGCGCUUGAUCCCGACGAGCAGAAGAGCUUGCUGAAAGCCUGGGGCGGUGCUGUCGAGGAAUACAGCCGCCGUACGGCUAGCGUCGAGUCGGACAAGCUGGUCGCGUGCGCCGGGCUUGCGGAGCAAUACGGCGGUCUCCUUGGCCCCUCUACGUAUCGCGCUGGGUUCUGGACCGCGGACCAACUCCUCGUUCACCUGCUAUGGAAAGCGGAUCACUCUGAGGAACUGGGACCACUGGCACGCCGACAUACCCGCCCAACAGCCUAUCGCGCACCGUCGUGGUCAUGGGCGGCGAUAGAAGGCCCAAUCAGCAAUUGGCCUUCUCAGCAGAUGAAUAUCUCAUCUCCCCCCGGCCCCCGCGGACCUUUCGCACUUGCUGAGGUCCACCCCGAUGGCUGUAAAGUCACACUCGAGAACCCCGAGCUUCCGUUCGGUCAAGUCAAGGACGGGGCCCUCGUCCUGCGCGGCAUACUGAUACCCGGUCAUUGGUAUCAUGAACCCGACACAGGUUCUGCGCAUGGUUCGUUCGUGCCCACACCGUCUUUCGAGCGAAUACGGUGCCAGCUUUGGCGGUAUGACGCCGACACCGGAUACCCGACGAUAUCCCGCGGUUGCGCAUUAGUUGCCAUGGACUGCGAUGUCGACGAGCUCAGGCUGCCGGAGAAAAUGUGGCUGGUCCCGUUUAUGCUGGAGCAUUGUAUAGUAGCUCGAGUGGAGUCGCACAGGAGGAUGUUUGGACUUGUGAUCGAGCUCGAUCCUCUAUCAAUCGGCGCAGAACCUCAACCCAAGGAGAGUCGCUUUCGGAGGAUUGGGUACUUCGAAAGAUUCGCUGAAGAUUCACAGGAGGAAUUGCUGUGGGGUUCCCUAGCUCGGAAUGCGGACGUGCCAAAGAAUUGGGGACAUCAUUACGCGGACAUUGUGAUUGUAUGA